CUUGGGUUCCGGCUUACCAGAAACUUCACAGGGAAAAAUCACUGAAGUAUGAGUGCAGACCUAAACAGGGACUACGAGAUUGGGCAGGAGCUCGGCCGCGGUCGGUUCGGCGUCGUCCGCCGCUGCGUCUCGCGCUCCACCGGCGAGCCCUUUGCCGUCAAGUCCGUGGACCGCUCCGGCCUGGCCGACGACCUCGACCGGGAGCUGGCGGAGCUGGAGCCGAAGCUGGCCCAGCUCGCCGGCGCCGGGAACCCGGGCGCCGUGCAGACGCACGCGGUCUACGAGGACGACGUCUGGACCCACACCGUCAUGGACCUCUGCUCCGGCCCCGACCUGCUCGACUGGGUCCGCCGCCGCCGCGGCGCGCCCGUGCCGGAGCCCGUCGCCGCCGACAUCGUCGCGCAGGUCGCCCAGGCGCUCGCCCUCUGCCACCGGCGCGGGGUGGCACACCGCGACGUGAAGCCCGACAACAUCGUCCUCGACGAUGUGGAGGACGAUGGUGAAGACGUGUGCCCGCGCGCGCGCCUCGCGGACUUCGGGUCGGCGGCGUGGAUCGGGGGCGGGAGACGCGCGGAGGGCCUGGUGGGCACGCCCCACUACGUGGCCCCCGAGGUGGUGUCGGGCGAGGACUACGGCGAGAAGGCGGACGUGUGGAGCGCGGGCGUGGUGAUGUACGUGCUGCUCUCCGGCGGCGCGCUCCCGUUCGGCGGCGAGACGGCCAAGGACGUGCUGUCGGCGGUGAUGCGGGGCAGCGUGAGGUUCCCGCCCAGGCUGUUCUCCGGCGUGUCCCCCGCCGCCAAGGACCUCAUGAGGCGCAUGAUGUGCCGCGACGAGUGGCGGCGCUUCUCCGCCGAGCAAGUCCUACGCCACCCGUGGAUCUUGAGCGGCGGAGGAUCCCGAGCCAUGGAGCAGCCAACCUGACCGGCGGCGACCGAGUCGACCUGAGAUUCAGAGCAGAGGCGAAGUAGACGUCGGAGAUCUUGGACAGUUCGUAGAGAAGAAAUGAUAUCGGCGGCGAGACACACCGGCGGACCGGCCGACCCUGUCAAUACAGUUUUUUUUGUAAAAUACAACGCCGCGCACCGCAGAUACGGUUGCAGUAUCGCGCUACGGCGGUAGAUCGAGUAAUCUUAGUAGAGGAAGAGCAGUGUUUAAUUAACCCCUGGUUUAGGCCCUGCUCUUAGCUUUAUCUAGAGAGCGCCUUCUCCUUUUCUUUUUGUUGCUUUGUGUUGCUGCAAGAGUCGUGAUGAUGUAUCGAUCAGGAGGUUCUAUGUAUAUAUUCGAACCUAUGUACGUCUUGUACAAAUGAAGUUGGAAUAAGGAUGAGCUAGUCUAGCCUAGCUUAUGCUUUGCUUC